AACCCGCCAAUAGCACUACGUCUUGCCCCUCCGACCGCAAGACCAAGAUUUGGUUUUCCUUGUGAAAACUUAACGAUUUUCGUCAUUAUUUUGUACCUAUUACGUGAAGGUUUCAGUGCGGCGUUGGUGAGCCGUGAUUUGGCGGUAGCGAGCGUAGCGCAACCUAAGCCAGUCCGUCGGUCGCCCAUCGCUCGCACACUCGUUCGGCGCGCAACGCACCGUAUCCGCCCGCCCAGUUGACGCGAUUUACAUAAAACUUAUAAUCAAUUUUAAAAAAGCUGUUUACGUGUGGACUGUUUAUUAAAUUUGUGACGUAACAAGGAUGUCCGCUAUGCAAAGCUUCAUGGACUUUUAAGCUGAAUUGGAAAGCCUCAAUUUAUAAAAAUGGCGCGCACGACGGAUGAAGACGAGCUGCACGACGGCAGCGGCGAUGUCGCGCUGACUGCCUACCCCUUCGUCAUGAACGACCUGUAUGUCGACGCUCGCAGGAUGCAACUCUACUCCCACCCACAUAUGCACCCGACGGAGCUGACGGUGCAGGCAGUGUCGUCACACGAGCUACUCAAGCCCAAAGACGAGCCGUCGUACACCCUGGCGCCGAGCUCCACCCUCUGCUCGGUGGAACUUCAUCACCCAGGUUCUUCUCCGUACGAAAAUCGGCUAUGUCUCCAAGACAACAAUGGCCCGGACACAUCCAACUCUCAAAGUGUGAAGGGCGACGAGGAGCUGUCCAGAGUUUACCAAACUUUGAACAUGCAACCACUCUCGAGGGAAGAGAAUACCAGCUCCAAUAACAGUAGCGAAACCAAAAGCAAAUCAAAAUCUACGACUCCGGCCAGCCCCGGGCGCUCGGAGAUGAAGCCGCAGUCCACCACCAGCUCACAGGCGCUCACCAAGCCCCCCUACUCGUACGUCGCGCUCAUCACCAUGGCCAUCCACAGCAGCCAGACCAAGCGAGCCACGCUCAGCGAGAUCUACGCAUACAUCACCAAGGAGUUCCCGUUCUUCGAGAAGAAUAAGAAAGGCUGGCAGAACUCCAUUAGACACAACUUGAGUCUCAAUGAUUGCUUUAUCAAGGUUCCAAGAGAAGGCGGGGGCGAGAGGAAGGGCAAUUACUGGACUCUUGAUCCCCAGUGUGGCGACAUGUUUGAGAAUGGCAACUUCCGCCGCCGCCGCAGGAUGAAGCGUCCCUCGAGAGCCACUCCGUACUCCAAGUCGAUAUUCGGGGACGCUUACCAUGUAGCCCACGUGGCUCAGCACGUACCUCCCCAUAUGCAGCAUCUCCCGUUGGGCGGGAGAAACUACUUUGGGGCUACGUCUCCUUAUCCGCCGUCUUAUCCGAGAUAUGACACGGCAUGGCUGUCUCCCUCCAGCGCCGGCCUGGGCUACGGAGGCGCGUGCGGCGGCGUCGGCCGCAGCCCCCCCGGCUGCUCGCCGCACACCGCACUGCCGCACCAGUCCUCGCCGGUGCCGCUCAACCCGUUCGCGUCGCACCAGCUCCAGGGCCAGAUUCAGAGCCCCUUGCAACCGAUGCAGUCAAUGCCAAUGAAUUACAACACCAUAGGCGGUGUCACUUCUUUGGACGGGUCUCCAAGCCCCGGACCAGGCUACGCGCACUCUUCGGGCGGGUUCUCGCCGAGUCGACACCACGACGUUGUCACCUCGUCUGACACCGCCGUCACCCGGUUUCCCUUCUGGACAGAGGGAGGAUCCCCUAGCCCUAACCCAGGCUACGUGCCAUCGAGCAACUACUCGCCCACGCGACGACACGAGGCCGUCACCUCUUCAGACGCGGCUUCGCGCUUCUCGUUCUGGCCUGAAGCCAUCGGUGUCAAAGAAGAAGCUUCGACGACUCUCAUAACCAACGCCGCACCUUACUCCAAAUGUUUCAUGUGAGCCCAGAGAGAAGCGAGAAACCCAUAAUAGGUACUAUCCUGGCCCAGUCAUUAUGAAAUUAAAUAAAAUAUUUUAUUGCAAAGUUACAAACUCGUAGAAUGAAUACCGAUUAUUUUCAAUGAAUCCAUUAAUAUUGAAAGUAGCAAAAAAUUAUUCAUGAUUUAGUCGGAAAUUGAUCAGUAAAGAAUAACAGGGUGGAAACUUCAACUUUUAUCUGUAAUAUAAUUUUAAAAUGAUAAGAUAACAUUAAUGUGUUAAAUGUGUAUAUACAAAUCUAACGUUAAACGUGCAUUUAAAUGUGUAAGUAGGGGAAAACAGAUUUGGGGUAAUUCUUGACCUUAUUAAAUGUGUUUAAUGUACUCUUUGUAUGUCGUAAUGUUUGUUUUUUAUUCGUAUAAUAAAAUGCAUAUUAGAAUUAAAAGAAAUCAAAUUGUUAACAUGUCAACCACACGUCGUUGCUAAAAAGCUGUAACUAACAAAUGUUUACUUCACGGACAUAUUCGUCUAUCCCACCGUUGCAGUAGGUAGAUAUUUGCGUAUUGCUUUCAAAAUUUAUUGGUAUAAUUAAUUGUUUAAGUAUCGACCAUAAAGAUAGGCAGGCUCAACUAAACUAGCUAUAACUUCACUGGUCGAGCAACUAUACUGUCUAUAUUUUAUACAAAGGUAUGCCAACCAUCGCCGCCACUUUUAGAUCUAUCUGUAGGUAAUUCAGUUCAAAAUGUCCGUAGGUAUGUAGUAGUGAAGGAAAAUUAUUGAAAUUUUUGAGUGGGGUCAUGUCGUACUUGUAUUUUUACUUAGAACAUAUAUAUGACUUUGUCGAAAAAUAGAGGAUCUUAUUUGCAUAGCUCAUUUGUUAUAUUAUUAAUACCCCGAGAGCUAUCCGGUCUUGCUACUACUGAGAAAAUAAGUUAAUUCUAUAACAGUAGUUUUAGUGUGACCAAAAA